AUGACAAUUACUUACACCGCCGAGAAACUGGGGGGUGAUUCUGGUGCUGCGUUCCUCUCUUGGCAGGCGCGCGAGGGUGGAGAUGACGAGGGAGGCGCGCGCACGGGGCUUCUCCGCCGACGGCGUCCUCCGCCGCAGCCGCCCUCUCCCAGCGCGCCGCCGCCGCCCUCUUCGUCCCCGCCAGCCACGGAAGGGGGCAAGAGCACGAGCAAGAUCGCCAAGGCCAUCCGGGAUAGAAUAUCGUCCUUUUCUUCUCCAAGAACCCGCCUUUCCUGCUGGGGCAACACCGUGACGAGGCACCCGAUCCGCCGGAGCUGGAGCGGCACCGGGACGGGCGGCGGCGAACACGGCGCCGGCGCCAGAACCGUGACGGUGACGGCGGUCAUGGCACCCUCGAGCAAAGCCAUCGCGGCCGGGGCCAGGUCCCUCAUCGAGCGCAACGAUUUCUACUGCCAAGAUUGCAACACCCACAAGUAGAAGUAGGAGCCUGCUUUUGUUCUUGUCGGAUGAUGUAUACCAGUUUUUGGUGAGCCAAGUGUAUCGAUGUUACUAUAAGUGUAUCAUGAGAUAAUGACCCUUUUGGAACGUACGGGUUUGCCUCUCAUCUUACGGAAAUCAGCCUGAAUUCUUCA